AUGGCUGGACAGCAGCUAGUGGCGACCGAGGACGGCGGCGGCAGCAACAUCCACGGCGGCGGCGACUGGGGCGUGGAGCUCUGGAGGUCCUGCUCCUCCCCGGCGCCGUCCGACGUGCUCGACACCAGCGGCGCGUGCGCCACGAUGGAGCAGACAGCGUGGCUCGUCUCCACUGCCUGCGACAUCGUCGCCAGGAAGGAGAGGCUUGGGAUGGUCGUCUCCUGCCCCUUCCUGCUGUACCUCGUCCCGUCCCAGGAGAAGGCCACGCAGGUGCGAUCGAUAUGCAAACCCCUGAAGCCUCUUGGGAUUCAUUCAGUGAGCUUGCAUUCUGGCGCUUCGGUUGAACAUCAGAUCUCUGGACUAAAAACUUGUGAGCCGGAGUAGACUAAAAAUUCUACCACAUUAAGCAGGAUUACUAGGACCUUACAGUGGCAGUUGGUUCGAUUGAGUACUCGGAGUCCAAACCGGCAGCAACGGAAAUAUUCAG